AUGGUUUCGGCUAAUCUGAGCAAGAUUAUGCCUAACAUCGGGGGGCCAAACAUGAAGGCGCGUCGCCUCCACGCGGGCAUCGUCAGCUCGGUCGCCUUAUAUGGGGCGCCCAUUUGGGCGGAGGCCCUAGCCGUCAGCCGUCCCCUGCAGGCGAUACUGCGUAGGGCACACAGGACGGUGGCGAUCAGGGUCAUCAGAGCGUAUAGAACGGUGUCCCACGUGACGGCAACGGCCCUGGCCGGCAUGUCUCCACUGGAGCUCCUCGCGUUAAUGUACUGGUCGAUGUACAUGAGGAAGGGGGAGCUCCGGGAGAAUUUAGAGGCAGGCGAAUCGCUCGCCAGGGCAAUAAAGCGGCUGAGGCACCAGGCUCGACAGCUCCUUCCCCAGAGAUGGCAGAGGCGUCUGCAGGACGCCUGA